AGCUCGGGCAAGCUCUUCCGUGUCGGGACAGAAGAGCAAGGAAUGGUGCCGUCAUACUAAAAUAUGGAUGACAUUUGUAAUCAUUCCGUAUUCGAAGUGGCUUGUCCCUUGGUGUUUGUGUAAGUCUUAAAGCCCCGCAGUCCCGACUCCCGACAUUCCGUUCGCUUUUCCUUCCGUGCCUGCAAGCAGUUCUUCAGACCCUUCUCCAGACAUCGCCCGGAAACCACCAUCACCAUGUCGAACCAACCCAUUGUGCCGACGGCCUACGAGCCCAAGAACAUGAAGUUCCGCUACCUGGGCAAUACGGGGCUUCAGGUCUCCCUCUUUUCGCUUGGCGGCUGGCUCACAUACGGUGGUACGCAAAAGGGCGAGAUUGUCAAGAAGAUUCUCAAGACGGCCUGGGACCAUGGCAUUCAAACCUUCGACACGGCCGAGACGUACGCCAACGGCGCGUCUGAAGUUGAGAUGGGCCAAGCCCUCAAGGAGCUGGGCUGGCCACGCGACGAGUACGUCCUGACGACCAAGAUAUUCUUCGGCACUGGGCGCAAGGAGCCCAACACGCGCGGACUGAGCCGCAAGCACAUCGUCGAGGGCCUCAAGGCGUCACUCAAACGGCUGCAGACACCCUACGUCGACGUGGUAUUCGCGCACCGUCCCGACAAAGCCACGCCCAUGCUCGAGAUCGUCGAGGCCUUCACCCAAACCAUCCGCAACCUCAACCUGGCCUACUACUGGGGCACGUCCGAGUGGAGCGCGACGCAAAUCAUGGAAGCGAUCCAGCUCGCCGAGAAGCACAACCUGAUCCCCCCCGUGGUCGAGCAGCCGCAGUACAACGCGCUGCACCGCGAGCGCUUCGAGGUCGAGUACGAACCCCUGUUCAAGCAGUACGGUUACGGCACCACCAUCUGGUCGCCGCUGGCGAGUGGCAUUCUGACGGGCAAGUACAACGACGGGAUUCCCCAGGACUCGCGGUUCGCGACCAACAAGGAGUUUUUUGAGAAUACCGUCAAAGAGCUGCAGUCGGAGCAGGGCAAGGCCAAGUUGGAGAAGGUGCGCAAGCUGACGGCCAUUGCGGAGCGUUUGGGCGGCACCGCC